AUGUAAGAUGGCCAAGAGGCCCAACACAUGCCUACUCAAGGGAUGAAUCAGUCCAAGGCUGAGUCCUACCUUUGGCGGCCAAUGCCAUGGUCGAUGACUGGAUAGUCGAUUCCCUGGUUCAAUAACAAGGUAUUAGUUGGUUGAGUUUGUGCGGUUCAGAGACAACCAAGAAUGUCCGUGCUGUAUGUCGUCACCGGGGGAGGCGGAAUUGCAAAAUUCAGCUGCUUUCUAUGAACCAAAUAGGGAAUUUUAACAUGACUUCGAGUAAUGAUAUUGCUUGUAUGUUACAACGGAUUAGACAUUCUUUGUACAAGCAAAGGGGAAAUGCACACCACCAGGCUGCUAACAGCAGCUCAUUACCAGCCCUGGCCCGAGACACGUUUCGCCCCCACGACCAUGGAUCACACUCAAGUUCUGCCCAUGAUACUGCAGCCUGCAAAGUUACUUUCCACCCCUACGUGCAUAACACUGUCCCAACCCCUGAAUGGAGGAAGAUCAGUACAGAUGCAGCAUGGCGGGAUCUCACAGCUUACGUCGCGGGGGUGGCACAAAAUCAAAACGGUGACAUCAUUAACUCAAGGUGUGCCGCAGUCUUCGCUGGAACAUCUCUCCAAGCCGAAGCCCAGAAUAAGGAAGCUUGAGUUCUACAUCUGUGGCAUUCGGUGAUUUUUUCAGAUUGAUCUUCCGGAAGACGAUGAGAUGCAUUCAGAUGGAGCCUUACUUGAUGCCGAAGAAGUCGAAUUUGAGAAUCUCUCAGGAGAAGCUGAUGGGAGUGUCCUGUCUGAGACAUUGUCUCAGGACAACAGUGGUGAGGAGAUAGAUCCCUCGAGAACUGCCGGUGGUGGUGAUGAAGAUGUUGCCGAACAAUCAGUGGGAGAACUCGAGUACGAGGAAGAUCAGGACCGUCUUUCUGAGCUGUCAUCUGGAGAGCUUGAUGAUUUGGAAAUCACCAGAAAUUCUCCAGGAUCAUCUAUUGGGCAGGCUCAGAGUGCAUCCACUGAUGAACUUUAUCGGUCCUUCAAUUGCGGACCUGAUGUGAAAACUUAUACAGUGACAGGAGUGGGCCUACAAUAGCUUCUGGAGCUCAUCGAUGGAGGCGCAGCACGAGAGAGACAAGUCCGAGCGAGUAGUGGAAAGGGGUGUUUUCGAUAGAAAAUGGAGACCACCCUGAGAAAACGAUGCAGGCAUUGCAGUUGAGUGGUAACUCCAUUGGUGGAAAGGAAGUCAAGAGACGCAACAGUGGAGACGAUCGGUUGUCUGUUCUGGAGGACUCAUGACAGUGCUCAGGAGUUCGUCUCGGCCGGGCAAUGGACAGAGGACUUAUGACAGUGCUGGUUUUGUUGCUCGUGUUGGACGUCAUGGAAUGUUGGGAUAUGAAAUUCUAGCAAUCUACCAUCGGUUAGUUCCAGGCUUGCAGUUGGUGAUGACUCCGCACUUCCUGAAGAAGGGAAAUCUUCUCGUUGUUGACAAAUUCAUGCGGGAACUAAUAACGAUUCAUAGGGCGACAUGUAUACAGAUUUUGGACUGCAAUUAUCUCAAGGAGAAUGUUGGAUGCAUCUAACAUCGAACAUCGAUUGUGGGACAUAAUGGAGACCCAUCAGAGACCAAUCACUGAAUUUUCGAGUCUCUCUGUUUUUUUUUUGCGAGUCAGUGAGUUUCUCCUUGAUAUGGUGCUUAUGCGACAGACAGUGAAUCCACAUUAGAGACCCAUUGAGAGACCUUCAUUGUACAUAGUCUAAUGGCUUUGUCGACCUGACCCCUACUUAUUACUAUCGUGCUCCACUUGUCACGAUGAUGAUUCGUAAAUGGAAUCAAAUUGGUCCUUAUUACUCUCGGAAAUGGAAUGGAAGAUGGGAGGAGAUUCUCGAAUGAGGAAAAGGACCCAAUGACUCAAUGAGACAGGGUUUGCCGACCUACUUGGAAGGGCAAAAGAAAGAAGACCAUAACGGGAUCAUAUGUGUGGAAGAAUAUUUUAUAGUGUAAAACCCUUCGUUGAGAC